GGGCCCACAUCUUUCUAUAUUUGGUAAUAAUGAAUGCAGGUAUGAACUGGAAGGAACAUGGUCGGAAGAUUCCCAAGGAAAAUCUGGACAGAUUCAUACCGAACAGAUCAGCUAUGGAUUUCGACUUUGCUCAUCACGCCCUCACCGAAGCCCUAAUCGAAGCAAGAGACGGCAAAAAAAAAGAAGCGCGGGAGCUUUCACCCUCCAAAGAGGCUUACAGGAAGCGUUUGGCGGAAACGCUCGGUCUCAACCGCACCCGUAUUCUCGCCUUCAGGAACAAACCUCAACCUCCUCUCCACUCUCAUUAUCACUCUGCUUCUCUUCACCAACAACCUCUAAAGCCUCGCCGCCGACGCAUUCCUCAGUCUUGUAGCAAAGUCUUGGAUGCUCCUAACAUUCUUGACGACUUCUACCUCAACUUGCUUGACUGGGGUUCUCGUAACGUCUUAGCUAUUGCCUUGGGCCACACUCUUUGCCUCUGGGAUGCUUCUACCGGCUCUGUAUCCGAGUUCAUGACCAUUGAGGAAGACCAAGGACCCAUCACAAGCAUAAGCUGGGCACCUGAUGGUUCCCACGUUGCACUUGGCCUCAACAACUCUCAAGUCCAGCUUUGGGAUUCUUCAUCCAUCCGCAUGAUAAGAACUUUGAACGGUGUCCACCACUCUAGAGUAGGAUCACUUGCAUGGAACAAUCACAUCCUCACAACCGGAGGAAUGGACGGGAACAUUAUCAACAUCGAUGUCAGGAUCAGGUCGCAUGUUGUGGGAACUUACAGAGGUCACACUGGAGAGAUUUGUGGACUCAAGUGGUCAGGUUCUGGAAUGCAGCUUGCUAGUGGUGGCAACGAUAAUGUGGUUCACGUAUGGGAUCGCUCUUCUGCGUCUUCGAGAUGGCUGCACAGGCUUGAGGAACAUACUUCUGCCGUGAAAGCUCUUGCUUGGUGCCCCUUCCAAUCGAAUUUGCUUGCAACUGGUGGUGGUGGAACAGAUGGGGCGAUCAAGUUCUGGAACACUCACACCGGAGCUUGCUUGAACUCUGUAGACACAGGAUCCCAAGUGUGUGCUUUGUUGUGGAGCAAGAAUGACAGAGAGUUGCUUAGCUCACAUGGGUUUUCUCAGAACCACCUUGCACUUUGGAAGUACCCAUCCUUGGUGAAAAUGGCUGAGCUCACUGGCCAUGCAUCAAGAGUUCUGUAUAUGACACAGAGUCCUGAUGGCUCUACCGUUGCUUUAGCUGCAGGAGACGAGAGUUUGAGGUUUUGGGAUGUUUUUGGAAUGCCAGACACUGCCAAAAAACCUGAUCAGAAAGCAGCCCAUGAGCCAUUUUCUCCCGUGACUCGUAUCCGUUGAAACUGUCAUAACAACAAAGCCAUUAAUCGUUACAGAAUUUUUUUUUUCUUUCUUGUAUUUCCAAGUAAACUUUUCUAAUCAAAGUUGUUGAGUCAAACAUAUGUUUCAGUUGUCCAUAUCGUUUAACCUCGCUUCCUUAUUUGUUCGAGAUCAAACUUUGGUUACUGUAUGGAAAAAUAUAGUGCUUUGAAUAAAAGGAACGACAAUCAUACAUAGAUCAAAGUUGUCCACUAUAUUGUAUAUAGUAAACUUCCAAGCGAACUAGCCUCUCAAGAAACGAUUUCACGCUAACCUACUAAGGACAAAUCACUACAAAUUCGAGUGACAUAUUCUCAAACCACAUAAAGUUACCGUCUACAAAUGACUCCAGAUGCAAUGCAACAGUUUCCAAAAACAGGCAAAGGAGGCAGAGCGGAAUGGUAAAGUAUCAACAAGCAGUAUAGCCUAGCCUACUUUUGAAAUUUUAUUUGUUGUUGUUGCGGAAAGAUCAGAAAUGCCACAUAUUCAUUUUUCAAAGCUACAUGAUAUAAACAAAGGUCAAUAAAAAGAAUCCCAAAGGAUUCACCAUUGAUCAUCCAAUAAACAAAAA